UUGGGCUCAAAGCCAAGCUAGAGUCGUCAGGUCGCCAUGUCGGCUAAAAUGCUGACGAAAUGGGGUGAGCAAAUCACAGAGUCGCCCUGGCCGGAGUAUCCCCGACCACAGAUGGUGCGGGAGAAGUGGUGGAGUUUGAAUGGCCUUUGGCGGUGUCGUGUGAGUCAGGAGGCUGAGACUCCGGAGAGGAUGCUGGAAACCAUGCCGGAGAAAGACCGCCAGAUCUUGGUGCCCUUCUGCUUGGAGUCGACUUUGGGAGGAGUGGGCCAGAACUUGGAACCUCAUGAGGAGUUAUGGUAUCACCGAACCUUUGAGUGGGAGAAAAGGGAGAGCCGACUGUUGCUGCAUUUCGAGGCUGUGGACUACUGCACCACAGUUUGGGUCAACGGUGUGAAGGUCGGCGAGCACAAAGGUGGCUUUACGCCAUUCGAGUUUGAUGUGACAGAAGCAGCUGCUACCGGCUCCAACCAGCUGGUGAUGCGGGUGACCGAUGCCACUGGCAACUUUCAGCCGCGGGGGAAGCAGUCCAAGGCCCCGCACAAGAUCUGGUACACGCGGGUCUCGGGGAUUUGGCAGAGCGUUUGGCUGGAGGAGGUGCCUAUGAGCUACAUCUCGAGUCUCCAAAUCACGGUCACCUCUUUGUCGCCUCCCUGCGUCCAAGUGCAGGCAAUCUUGGCUGGGGAAUGUCCGCCGACGUGGCAGCUGCGGGUGAUGGUCUUGGAAGGCAAGGAGCUACUUGCGGAAGCAGAGGGCUCUGAGAGCAGAGCUCAGCUGGAGCUGGUAGUGCCGAAAGCCAAGCUUUGGUCGCCUCAACGACCGCAUCUCUACGACUUGCGUGUCGAGCUGUGCUCGGACGGACGAGUGCUGGAUGUGGUGGACUCCUAUGUGGGCAUCCGCACUGUGGGCAAGAAGAAGGACGUGGAGGGCCACUGGCGCCUGACGCUGAACGAGGACUGCUGCUUCCACCUGGGGCCCUUGGACCAGGGCUGGUGGCCGGAUGGGCUCCUUACGCCCCCCUCGGAUGAGGCGAUGCGCUAUGACCUGGAGUUCUUGAAGGAGGCGGGCUUCAACAUGGUCCGGAAGCACGUGAAGGUGGAGCCGAGGCGCUACUACUUCCACUGCGACCAGCUGGGGCUCAUGGUGUGGCAGGACCAAGUCUCCGGCACGGAGAAGGAGGGGGAUUGCUUCAAGGUACCGCCAUGGACACGCUUGCAGCCUGGAGGCCAGGACGCCUCCAACUGGCCGGCCUGGGCCAAGGAGCAAUUCCGAGCGGAGCUGCGGGAGAUGGUGGAUGGUUUGCGGAACCACCCCUCUGUGACUGUGUGGGUGCUUUUCAAUGAGGCCUGGGGCCAGCAUGACUCCCUGGAGAUCGGGCGAUGGCUUCAAAGUUAUGACCCCUCCAGGCUCAUCAACAUCGCCAGCGGCGGGAACUUCUUUGAGGUCGGGGACAUGGUAGACCACCACAACUACCCGGAGCCCACCUUUCCCAUGGAGCCCAUGGAUGACCGGUUUAGAGAUUACGUCAAGGUGAUCGGGGAAUUCGGGGGCCACGGCUUAGUGCUGCCUGCCGAGCAUUUGUGGCAGACCGCCAAGAAGCACUGGGGCUAUGAUGUGCUGCAGGACAUCUCCGAAUUGGAGGCCAAGUACCAAGGCUCCAUCCAGAACCUCUGCCACUGGAUGCGCCGGGGCAUCGCCGCAGGGGUCUACACCCAGACCACGGACGUGGAGUGCGAGGUCAAUGGCCUCCUCAGCUAUGACCGCAAGGUCACCAAGUUGGGCGCGGCUGUCCUGGCCAAGGCCCACAAAGAGCUGUGGGCGGCCGAGUUGGAAGGUCCAAAGCCAACUGCGAAUGCCGGCUACAACCCAUGAAGCCCGGCUGACUGUCGGCCGAACGGGCGCUACCGAAGUGGAGCUUGAGGCAGGGACACGAAGAACGAAGAACGGCGGUGCGGCUUCCGAAGCCGAGCCGCGCGACCACGCAAGCUGGUGACGUCGACGAGUCUCGCAUCACCUGGCGCUUUCGGUGGAGA